AUGGCGACGAGUUUUAUUGGGAAACCUAUUUCGCUCAUUUCGCACUCAGAUGUGCGAUAUCGGGGUAUUCUGGCAGGGAUUGACCCGGCAGCGAGCACUAUUCAACUAUCCAAAGUGUACUCUAUGGGUACAGAAAACCGACGUCCACCCCAAGAUUUUAUCCCCCCCGUCCCAGACCCUUACGAAUACAUUAUCUUUCGCGCUUCAGAGGUCAAGGACCUCGCUGUCGAUCAGUCAGUAGAACCUCCAAGAGGAAGAAGCGUGCACGACGAUCCAGCUGUGCUAGGCGCUUCUUCGCAACUUCCUCCUCAGAUUCCCCCCUCGGUUCAACAGCCAGUACCAUUCCAACAGCAGCAACCAGCGCCAUCCCAAUACACCCAGGAAACUCCAGCGCCCGGAGCCGCAGGAGAAGGAGGACGAUCCACUUCCGCUGCUGCUGUUGCACGUGCAAGAGCUCAACGAUUGCACACAGCGACAGCUUCGCUUGAGACUGUCGAGCGCGCCUUGGGUGACCUCCGAGUAUCCCAACAGCAACCAGCAAACGGCCACGGCAAUGGCACCAGACGUCGAGGAGGUGCACCUGGCGGUGCAACGCUCAAAGUGCCAACGACAGAUUUUGACUUCGAGAGCUCAAACCGGCGGUUCGUCAAGGCGCAUAAUAGCGACGACUCUGAUCAAACUUCUUCUGGAGAGGAAGACGACGACGGGAGCAGGAAGAAAUCGAGCUCUGUCGGAACAUCAAAAACAUCACAAGCAUAUAACCCGUCCAAAUCGUUCUUUGAUUCUCUUACUCCUGGGCAAGGCGGAGGUGGUAGUGCAGGCCCUCGUGGUGGUGCGGCUGGAAUGAACGGGGCUCAGGUUGCUAGGGCAAGGCGUGAAGAGGAACGAGUGAAGAAUGUAGCGACGUUUGGAGAACCUGGGCGCGUUGGUCAUGGAGGCAUGCGUCCUGGAGGGUUCGGUGUCGGAAUGGGCGGUGGACAUCCGAAUAUGAGAGGUGGAAGAGGCGGAAGAGGAUUCCGAGGUGGACGUGGUGGACGUGGAGGUCUGAGUGAAUCAGGUCCCGGAAGGAGACCUGGUGGUCGCCUUCCCGCCGGCAAUGUGCCCGCAGUUGGUGUUAGUGGUGGAAUGCAGGCUUGA